AUGGCCGAUUUUAAAGUUGUCAUCGUUGGCGGCGGCCUGGCAGGUGCUCUCUUAGCGAACGGUCUCCGAAACAAUGGCGUCCAAGUCAUGGUCUACGAGCGUGAUAGAGCGGACUCCAAUCGAGAGGGCUACCAAAUCCGAUUAGGACCUGGAUCUCAGGCAGGCUUUCGCGCAUGCUUGACUGAUGACCACAUUGGCAAGAUAAGUGCUAAACUUGGAAAGUCCUCCGGGGCACAAGCAACAGCGCCUUCCCUUUUCAACACGAACUUCCAAGAAAUCGUCGACUUAACGCAGUUGCCUACUUAUUCAAAGUCAGCUGGUAUCAACAGGGUCGUCUUAAGAGACAUACUGCUUGAGCCGAUAAAGAAGAGCGGCUUGAUCAAGUAUGGAAAGGGGUUUGACCACUACGAGAUUAUCACUGAGAAGACUGGCAAAGAGAGGGUUAAGGUCUACUUCUCCGACGGUACUGAUGAUGUGUGCGAUGUGCUCGUAGGAGCUGAUGGGGCGAACUCCAAGGUAAACAGGCAGCUUGGCUUGAACAACAUCAAGCUUUUGGAUAGCCACUGGGCUUUCCUAACGAAGGGGAACCUCCCAUUCAAUCGCAUGAUGAGCCUGCCUCCCAAAUUGCGUCAAGGACCUGUCAUCGUCUUCGCCGGAAGUAUGUCAUUCUACUAUGCUCUGUAUCUCCCAGAAGCGGAGGUGGCGGACGAACACCACAAGGGCGUCAACGAAAAGGUUGCGUUGCAAUAUAACGAGUCGGAAGCAUCUUUCUACUGGGGUUUGGUUGUCCCAGUCGACAAAAUUCCCUUCAAGGAAGUCUCGGAGGUCAAAGACCACAGAAAGGUUUGUCGCGAUGCGAUCAAGGAAUGGGCGCCGGAGUUCCAUAGGAUGAUCGACAUCAGAGACGAUGAGUCCGGUGAUACCAAUAUGCUCGUUACGCAACUACGUGCUAGUACACAACCCAGAACGGAUUGGCGGUUACGAGCUCAGGAGGAGGGAGAUGGCAAGGGAGAUCCCCGGGUGUGGGUGAUAGGAGAUGCCAUGCAUGCUAUGCAACCCAAUCGCGGCCAGGGAGGUAACCAGGCGCUGGCGGAUUGUGCCGACGCACUUCCUCGGCUGCUUCAUUUGAAUUCAUUAGCUAGUGUCGGCCCAGAACACCCGACAUAUGAAGAAGUGAAGGAUGCGUGCGAAAAGUACGAAAGAGCCAUGAUACCGCGAGCUUUCUCUUGGGUUCGGAAGAGCGGAGGAACUAGCUUUCCCAGCAUAAAUCUGGAUGGCUUCCUGGGUGUUGUGGUACAUUAUGUGGCUAAGCUGGUCAUGCCACUGCUGAAGUUGUAUCUAAUCGUCUUGCCACAGAAGGACGGAGAAUGA